CCACACUCCGCCUGGUCACACGAAUAUUUGUCGUUUUUUAUUUUAAUAAAAUAAAAUAAUCAAAGCAAAGCAGACGCGUCACACCGAUUUUGAACCGAAAGUGUUUGGCGAUCGGGGAAUAUUGAACAAACCAAUCGAUUUAUUGAGUUUAAAGCGGGCCCGAGCCCCAUUUCGAUUUCUUCGAUCAACGACGAACGAUCGAGCUUGUUUGUUUUCCUUACCCCAUUUAUUUUGUAUCUUUCUCAUACAUGUGGGCUCCUCGCUGUUUGUUUGUUUGUGAAAAUACCGAUGUGAGUGAUUGAAACUAAAUGCCGAUAUUAUAUCAAAGUCCCGAGAAGAUCGGAUGAAAUACGGAGGAAAACUCCAGAAAUCGCAUAGUUAAAACUCCGCCAACAGCAACAACAACAACAACAAUUCGGAAUAUCGGAGAAUCGGAGGCGCAUUGUGUGAGCAAGAUCGUCGCAGGAGAGCGAGGGAGAGGGAACGAGAGCAGGAGACGAAGGAGAGUGGGCAGGAGAGAGGCGGAGGAGUGGUGCACACAGAAUGGAUGUUGAAAUACCUGUUUUGGCUGGAUAUCUUAAUGUGCCGACCCAAACUGGAUUUUCGCUAAAUCGCAUCUCGAAAAAGAAAGCAUGCAGUCGCUACUGUUUGCUCUUCAAGGCCAGUCGCCAUGGGAUCGCCCGGCUGGAGAUGUGCGAGAGCAAGGAGGACCGCAACCCGAAGAUCUUCACCCUUGAGAAGUGCGUGAAGAUCACGCAGGAGCCGCCGCCCGAUCGCCUCAUCCACAUCGUCAAGCAUCAUGUGACCCUCACAUUGAGCACCAGCAGCGAGGAGGACCUCAAGGACUGGAUCACCGCCCUGCAAACGGUGGCCUUCCCGGACACCUCACCGUCGGGCGGAAUCGGGGCCAUCGAGGAGGACAACGACCUCUACUGCAGCUCCUUUGACGGCCUGUUCAUCAUCACACUGAUUCCCUCGGAGGCCUCCAUCCGCUGCUGCAUCGAGCCCAAGACGUACAUGCUCCAGAUGACGCCCACCGAACUGCAGCUGAAGUCGGAGGAUCUGGGGGCCACCAUAGCCAUGUGGCCGUAUCGGUUCAUCCGGAAGUACGGCUAUCGCGACGGCAAGUUCACCUUCGAGGCGGGCAGAAAGUGCACCACCGGCGAGGGCGUCUUCACGUUGGAUCACACCAAUCCGCAGGAGGUAUUCCGCUGCAUGUCCGCCAAGAUGAAGUCGAUGAAGAAGCUGAUUAGCGGCGACAGCAGCCUGGCCACUUUGGAGUGCGGCGAGAAUCAGUUUAGUGCCGCCGCUGGCAUGGAACCCGGCUCCCGAAGUCCCCUUCCCCCGUCGCCUUCGAGCAAUCCGCAUGGCGGCGAGUUCGAGAUCAACUCGACGCAAAGUUGCAUUUCCCUGCGUGGCUUCAUCAGCUCCAACGAUUCGCUGAAUAACUUUGGAGCGGCAGCUACGCCCGCCGGAGGAAUCACCCUAACCGUACCAUCCGCAAAUAGCAGUAGUAGCCAGGCUAACAACAGCAGCAGCAGCAGCAGCAAACACAUUCCCAACAAACCGCCACGCAAACUGGGCGGAGUCAGCCCGACGACAAGCCAACAUUGUGAUAAAUACAGGAGCAUUGUGAAGUAUGAGCCUGUGGCCAUAACGACGAUAUCCUCGCCCUCGGCCAUCGCCUGCGAUGCCGCCAAGCCGCUGGAAUCGGGAUCCUCCUCGGAAUCGCCGGGAAUAAUCCAGCCAUCGCCCGAUGAUCUGCCGCCCGAUCUGCCGCUGCGCAACGAGAGCGUCGCCAAGAUGGGUGCUCCUCCGCCGGAAAGGGACUACGAGUGCAUCGAGAAUAUCACCGAGGCGUGGCGCACGCGGGGCGUGGGCGAUGUGAGGCACUGCGAACGGAUGCCGCCCAUACUCUGCGAUAACUCGGAAUUCGUACGCCAAUCCUGCACGCCCAAGAUCAUAGACAUCGACAUUGGCGAAGGCAUCUCGACAUCGCUGAGUGAAUCCAACUACGAUCGCCUGGACUUUCUCUCGCCGAACAACAAGACAUCGAGUGGUUAUAAGACCAUUGUGAAUGUCACACUGCCCGCGAAUCGCGGACGCUGCAGUCCGCCGCCGCCCAAUGAAUACGAACUGAUCGCUAGUCCCGAUACGGAGAGCUUCCGCAAGGCCGACGAUAGUCAUCUGGGCUACGGAGUGCUAAGAAAAGCCAGCACAACGACCACGACGAACAAUAAUAAUUUAGGAAUCUCGAAUUGCAACAUCAGCGGAGGGAGCAGCAAUAGUGCCACGUCAAACAAGAGCAGCCUCGAAACGGCUGCCAUCGAUCAUCGCAGCUACAAUGGGCUCAACUACACGAUCGUCAGCAAACCGAAGCGGGUGUAGAAGAUCCAGGGAUCCUGGGAUCGAAUCGGGUGCAGUGGGGUUUAAGGUGGAGAUCAGGUUUUUAUAUUUCUCCCAAAACACUGUUACUGUUUCUAAUUUUAAGCCAUCCAUUUCCAAGAACUGUGUGGAGAUAAAGCAAAUUUAUAAACAUAGUAGUCAUCUUUCAUGACUAUAUUUCUUUAUUUUUUAUACCGAUGAUUCAGGGUCAGUAUAUCACUGGAAAAUUAGAAACAGUAACCAGUUAACUUUCUGAAUAUUUUAAUAAAACGCAUUUUGAGUUUUAAGUGUAUAAGUGAAAAAGAAGAGACUGCCGAGUGCCUUACAGUUCUACAAAAAACAAACAAAGAAAAAAAAAUGAAAAAAGGCUGGAAAUCGAGGGAAGGAAGUAGAGCUUAUCGAUACUUUCGAUAAUUUCACAAUAUCGAUUCGAUAAUUAAAUAUUGAAAAUCGAGACAAAUCAAAUCCAAACCCGAAUCUCCAUAUCCCACAAUCUAACCUUCCCUUCGACCAGCCCAAAAAACCAACCAUUCGAAUCGUUCAAUUUUUUGUGCAUUUGUUUUUCGUUAACUAUGUUAAAUUCGUAAUCUGUGAUUGUAUUGUUAAUUGUGAAACUGUUAAAUUUUAGCCAGCACUGCCCGCCACUUGAUAAACGCACUCGAAACAUAUAUUUUUCCCCCGGCUCUUACUUAAAAUCUAAAAAAAAAGAAAAGGAAAAUAACUAAAAGGACGCAACGAAAAUGUUACAAAAUGUGUAUGCGAUUUGUGUUAAAUAUAUGUGUCUUAGUAUAUUUAAAGAGACUAGAUUUUAGAUACACUUUGUACUUGUUUCCGUUAAUUCGUCCGUCCUCUCAAGGUUUUUGCUGCCAUAUAAAGCCCUCGAAUCGUUAUUCCUAUACGUUUUUGUAUGAUCAAUCAUAUAGCCUGCCAUAGGAACAAUCGGUGUAAUGCCAUAUAAUCCCCGAAAUCUCCUCUUUUUUUUGUUCGAUCUUAGACUGUAAAUAUAUAGUAGGUUUUUCCUAAGUGUUGUUUUUCAAUUGCACCUCCUUUCAUUGCCCAAAAAAAAAAGAUAUUUAGAACCCCAUGCACGUUCGAGUUCUCAAGCCAGGAUCGUUGUAAACGACAUUUUUGAGUAUUAUGCAAAGGUCACAAACAAAAAAAUAUAUAAUAAUAAUGAUAAUAAUAUUAUAAACAACGAAAACGAACACAAAAAAAUACCAAAAGAAAAAUUGUGACGUACAUUUUACUUCGGAAUACAUCAUUUUUUUUACCUACUUUACGUUUACCGAUUACCGACGACUAUUGUAAUUAUUAUUUUUUGUGUCUGCAAACUAUUAUUGUGUAAAUAAAGACCAACAAAAUCAAACCGAA